AUGUGCACCAAGCCAACAGGGCGCAGGCGAGGGGCGCGGUCUAUGCAGAUGAGGUGCGGAAAAGGACCCGGCAGGUUGUCUCCACCUCCCCCACCCCCACCCCCGAGGUGGGGGGCGCACUGGUUGGCUGCGGACGGGGACGUCAUCCUCGAAGUCACGGGCAUGGGCGGGAUCUAUGCAGAUGAGGGGCGCGCAGGAGCUGCCGGUCAGCACCGCUGCGGAAACGCGAGGGAUUUCGCGCGCGGCGUGGGAGGGAGCGCGGGUCCGCGGGUGGCAGCGGAGCGCAGGAAGCGGGCGCGGGUGCGCGGUGACCCGGGAUCGCCGGCGGCGAACUUGUUCCCGCGUCCUUCUGCCCAGGGCACCCGCCUCUCCUGCCGGCUCCCUCACUUCGGGCCAGCUCCCUCCUCACUCUCCUUCCUGAUUGCUCUCGCAGCUCAAGGCUGGAUUGCGCCCCGCGACGGCUCCGGAUUCUCCCUCCUAAUAACGCUCAUUCUCCGCGCCCAGCAAGUGAGCAUCUCCGAGGGCCUAGGCUCUAGGCUCCUGUGCUACCCUCCCCGUACCCCGCUCCCCCUAUCCCGGUUUCCUCCUGUUCCCUCGCGUCCGGCCUCGCUGAGCACCGCACCGCACUCGCCGCCUUCCCCUGGCGGGCCGCGCCCAGGCUCCAGCGCACACCAGGGGGGACGAGCCCUCGCGCGUCCGGGCUCGGGGUCUGCAAAGGCCCGGACCCCAAAGCGCCCUCCGCGAGCCGCCAGCGUGGAGUCCCGGCGGCCGCUCGCCCCGGGUUCGGGUUCGGUCGGGGGCGCUGUCUAUGCAGAUGAGGGGCGCGCAGGAGCUGCCGGUCUGCACCGCUGCGGAAACGCGAGGGAUUUCGCGCGCGGCGUGGAAGGGAGCGCGGGUCCGCGGGGGGCAGCGGAGCGCAGGAAGCGGGCGCGGGUGCGCGGUGACCCGGGAUCGCCGGCGGCGAAAGUUGGCUUCGCUCUGCGUCCGCUCAGUUCUAAACGCCGGAGCCUCGGAGAUGCCCUGGGGCUGCACCGGGCUCGCGCCUCCUCUGGGCCCCGCCGCGUGUCCCCACUCCCACCCCACCCCACGCUCGCUCCCGCCGCUCCCUCUGCACCCCCGGGUCCAGUCCCGCCUUCUCCCUCGCGUCCGGCCUCGCUGAGCACCGCACCGCACUCGCCGCCUUCCCCUGGCGGGCCGCGCCCAGGCUCCAGCGCACACAGGGGGGACGAGCCCUCGCGCGUCCGUGCUCGGGGUCUGCAAAGGCCCGGACCCCAAAGCGCCCUCCGCGAGCCGCCAGCGUGGAGUCCCGGCGGCCCCGACCCCCGGGGGGCGGAGGGUCCCUGCGUCCCCGCGUCCCGGAGCCGCCGGCGGCCGCUCGCCCCGGGUUCGGGAGGUUCGCGCGAGCUCGGGAAGCGGGUGCGCGGCGCGCGGGGCACGGCGGCGCGGGGCCGGGUGGCUUCGGGGCUCGGGCGUCCCAGGUGUGACCGCCGCGGUGACGCCCGCAUCACCAAGGGGCCGCCGCGUGGCCUACCGCACCGUCUCUGUGGCGCAAUCGAGUUGGAAUUCCGCCAGAUCGCCUACCCUUAUAAAACCCUGCUUGACGGCCACUCGGGGUCUCUCCUGCUCCGCUGCCCCGUCAGACUGGCGUCCACCCAAGUCUCUGGCCCGCUGGUUUGCUCCUUGCUCCGGGAAGGACCCGUAGCGGUCUGGCCCCCCGAGGUGGCCCAGCCUGAGCGCACAGCAGGCCGUGGCAGUCUGUCAGGGGCUUGGGGAAAGUCUGCUCCUGCAGGAGUGGCCUCGACCCCGGACUCAGUCAGCAGCUGCCCUCAGCACCCGGCCGAGGCGCAGACGCGUGCCCGGCGCCGCUCCCCACGCCGCAGCGGGGACAAAUCCCUGAUGCACCACAGGCGCUUCCGAAGCACAUGGACACCCGCCGUGGGCUGUGGCUCGCCGUGA